GAAGUUUUAACAUUCAGUGAUUGCGUUUGAGUGAGUGAGUUUGUGCCGAGUCAAUGCAUUUAAAAAUAUCUAAAACUACCGGUAAUCAUCAACGAUAAGUGAUUGCUAUACUCCAAAAAAUUGAGUUUACGAACCGAAAGAGUUUGAAUUAUUGUGAACAUUAAAAUUUAUGUGGCCGUGAACCAAUUGCACCAACUGAACCAUACGAAUUAAAUACCAAAAUCGAGAUAAAAAAAGAAAAUCAAAAAUUUGUGAUGAAUAUGCAGGAAUUCCGUUUCGCUCUGGAGCACCAACAACGUGAACAACAAAUAGUCGUGGAUUUAAUGCCACAACAAUACGGAAAACCAUCGACACCACCGCCGUCGCCACCAAUGAAAGAUUGUGGUAGCCCCAUCAUGGACUCCAUAAAUGGUAUUCCAGUGGAUCCAUCAGUUCGGAGAUAUCGAACGGCAUUCACUAGAGAACAAUUGGCGCGACUGGAAAAGGAAUUCUACAAAGAAAAUUACGUUUCACGACCGAGACGUUGCGAAUUGGCGGCCCAAUUAAAUCUACCCGAAUCGACAAUAAAGGUCUGGUUCCAAAAUCGCCGCAUGAAAGACAAACGCCAACGGAUCGCUGUCGCAUGGCCAUAUGCUGCUGUGUAUUCAGAUCCGGCGUUCGCCGCAUCAAUACUGCAAGCCGCUGCUAAUUCCGUUGGUAUGCCAUACGGUUAUCCAACAACACCAAUGCUACCACAAAUGCCAGUUAUGCCACCACAAAUGCCUUCAAAUCAUUUCUCCUAUGGCUAUCGAUAUUCACCGUACCCAAUACCGCAACGGUCCCAUCAACUAUCGAACAACAACUAUCCGAUGAUGAACAAUGGCUACACAGCACUAUCAAUACCAAAGACGCACACACCACCGCACGAUCUACAGAGCCAAUCUUCGCCGCAUUCUGUGCCUUCGCUAAGUCCCGGUUCGGACAAGUUGACCUCACCGCUGAAAAAUGUCAUUUCCAAUUCGCACAGCGAGCUAAUGUCGCCGACCAGUCAUCAAACCAUAUUGAAGGGACACGAUAAACCGAAGCUAUUCAAACCGUACAAAUCGGAGGCGUAGCUUGAAUUGAAAUGACCUUAAGUCGGACUGUUGUUAAGUGUAGUGAAGCGGCAUUACCAAAGACGAUGUCAGUUAAAUUUUUGAUUUUUUCACAAUUUGAACGGUCAAAAUGUUGCCGAAGAUUUUUUUCAGUUGAUAAUUUUGUGUUUAAGUGAGUCGUUCAAGGUUACGUGUGCUCUGUAAAUUGUUGUCCAGAUUUCCAUUGUGGACGUGUCUGUUCGAAGGAAAUAAAAUUUGAUGCGAACACAAGUUUGAGGAGUUCCCAUAAUCUGUAUUCAGAGGCUCACAGUAGAAAUUGUUCAAGGAGAAAAAUGUUUCGUGCGGGCAUGAAAAUAGUGCGCGAUCCUUUGGAAUACUGGGACAUUUUUUCGGAAGAAAAGUUCAGCUCCCAGUAAAUGGUUAUCCAUCCGAAAGAUGAGUGAAGCAGGAAUUCACUUUUUAAUUUUUUGUUUGUCGUGAAAUUUUGAAAAAAACAUUAUUUCCAUGCCCGGUCAUAAUUUGAUAUAAUUUGCAAAAUUUCAGCAGCAAUGCACUCCCAACGAUCAAGUAGAAAAAGCUUCCGAAAAUGUUAGAAUCCGAAACGAACAGUAUCGGUGUCAUUCAACUUGUUCGAAAAAGUCAUUUGUCUAAAUUAAUAUCUUCUCAUGCACAGCUUGACUUUGACAGUAAUGGUACCCUGGGUACACUCUCUGUCUUCGGAUUUUUUUGUUUUGUUUUUUUCUACUCAAUUGUUAGGAGUGCAUUUGUUAGCACAACAUAACUUCAAGUUAAAAUGUAGAAACACCAAAUACCACUAAGUUGUAUGGCCGGAAGAACUAUAAUGCGGUGUUCAUAAAUGGCUGGAAUGGAUGCAGAAUUUUUGAGAUUUUCAUGAUUUUUUUAGUGAUUUUUCUUUCCAUCGAUUUUCAGUUUUGUCGGAGUGAUAAAAUCGAUUAUCGGAUAAAAUGAACGGAAUAGUUAUUCAUGCCACCGAGUAAUAAAUGCUUUUUCAGGCACUACGGAUGCGUAGUUGCGUAGGCAACGAAACUUUUUACUUACGUCACUGAGCUGAGAAAACAAAUGUUUUUUGUACUAAAUUGCAAACGAGGCAGUGCGUAAACGACAUUUUAUUAUAUUCCCGCACUAGUGCGUAAAUGUGACGUUAGUAAAAAUGAACAUUGCACUUGAUUCCGUACACCAAAUCUUCUUCCUAGCCUGUGUGUUAAUGAAAUUUUACGCAAUCGAUGGGAAAAUGGUGAAACCGAGGUAGACAAUACACCGUAACCGAAAAUCUUUCUUUAGCGCUCAUGUUAGGAAAAUAGCUAAAUAAUCCGACGAAAUCACAGAAAUCUCAAAAUUUGUUUCUCAAAGAACCAUAAAUGGAUGCGAGUAUAUGGACGUGUUAUAAAACGUUUGAUGGACGUUUGUCGUCGCAGCUAAAAAAAUUAAAAUUAAUCACCAAAUGUACACUCAAGUGAAUUGUAUAAAUAGGAAAAUGUAUUAAAAUUGUACAAAGCUCUAGGUUCUAAUUUCAAAAAAGAAAAUUUUAUUUGUAAAUAAUGCAAGAAAAUGUAAUGUUGACCUGUAAAUUAUAGUUUAAUUGUUUGUCCUUACCGCAAGAUGAGUAUAUGUGUUAAAUUGAAAUGGCUAUUGUUAUAAAUAGCUUACUUUACCAGAAAACCAGAAUUUUAGUCGAAUAAACAUUUUAUUAUAAAUUGAUUAUACCUCAACACCUCAUAAUAAUAUGUAAUAGAAGACGAAGAAGAAGAAGAAGCCUAGAUGUAAUUUCUGUUUAGUUUGGAUUUGAAAUUGUUAAGUGUAUAUUUGCAUCAGAACAAACAAAAAACCGUAUGUAUUAUAGUUAGGAGGAAAAAUAAUAAUAAAGAAAAAACCAGACAUAGAAUGAGAAAAAA